UCGCCGAGUGUAACGCGCUUGUGCAUCCGUCACCGUUAGUUUUGGCAAAUUUUUGCACUGUUGCACAAAGGCAUCACACACAGACGCUGCAACAUAUGUGAGUUCAUACCGACACGCACAUUUAAUGACCAUUUAAGGGACAUUAAUUUGCUCCCAACGCGUCCAGUCGGGUCAACGCAGUGACACAGCGCAGACAGCAAGCUCAUCUACCGAAUCUUUCUCGAAAUCGUUGUGUUGCAAGUGCAAUGUGGCAAUGUCGUGUUGUAAUGUGAACGGUGAAUGUGGUUGUUGCUGCUGACGCGGCAGUGCCGAGAAUUUGUUGGAUUUAAUUAAAAGUGUCAAUUAAAUUAUAACCGUGAAUUAAGUAGUCGAUUCAACCGCAGACGAAAUAAAGAGUGCGCUUCUAGUGGAGCGGCGGUAGGGUGCAACAGACGAAAGGCGCAUGCUGCUGGAGUUUUGAAAGUGUGUUAAUGACUUGGCGCACGAAAAGCGUUUACAAAAACAAAGCUAAUUUUUGAACCAUAAAAAUAAUAAUGACAGAAGUGCAAAUAUAAAUCAAUAAAAUGAUUGAAGCCACCAAAACUUGUGCAGCCGAAUGAAAAAUAAUAAUACCAGAUAAUUAAGAAAUCGGUUUCAUCCGUCCGGGAGGCUGAAAGGUGUGUGAAAAGCUUGAGGUUUUUACGCCUACAACACUCAAUUCAAGUUUCGCAGCUUCGAAGGAUACAAGCUCCUACUCAUAUGUUUAUACGGGAACUCAUAUGUAAGCAAAUAAAAAUUAAAUCAAAAAUAAAUUAGAAAAUAAAAAUACCUGCACUUUGCGUGUGUGGGUGUUUGAAAGCGGCUCGCACUUCCACAUUUCGAAUUGAUGCCAAUGACGCUUUUUAUGUCACUUUGGAGUUGCCGGAAGUUCGCAAACAUUUGAUUGAAUUAAUUCGUGUUAUGAAGGCCAGCCCGCUUGUGCGCCCAAGUCGAGAACGAGUCCCUUGAAAUGUAGUGCUGUCGCGCCAAGCUUUUCGGCACACGAACUGUGAUAAAACAUGUAUACGACCGAUUAACUUCUCUGAAAAUAAUUACGAAGCAACUACCAACACACUACCACACACACGUAAACCGUUAUUCAAUCGAAUUGAAUACACUAGAAAAGUACCGAGAACUCACGACAGAAAUUUCAAUACCAAAAUCAACGCGUUAAGCGGAAAACCGGCAAGCUGUCUGCGCUAUCGAUUCGGAACUUUUCAGCAAACAUGCUGAACAAUCUGGGCGCCAAUGUUCUGGGUCCCAAGGAUUGUGAUCUACCCAAGGCCGCAAUCACGGCCUUGCACGCCGGCGUCAAUAGUUUCGGCCAAUUGCCGCCGAACGCGCAGAACCCGGCCGACGCGGUGCUGAACGGCGGCGGCGGUGGCGGCGGGGCGCGGCUGCACGUCACUGGCGGCCUCUGCGACACGCCUAAUCCGCAUCACAAUAACAACAACAACAAUACCAAUAACAACAACAUGCAACAGCAGGAUCAGAACUCGGAUAAAAACAACAAGCAGAAGCGGCAUCGCACACGCUUCACGCCCGCCCAAUUGAACGAGCUGGAGCGGUGCUUCUCGAAAACACACUAUCCGGACAUUUUCAUGCGCGAGGAAAUCGCGAUGCGCAUCGGACUGACCGAGUCCAGAGUGCAGGUUUGGUUUCAAAACCGGCGCGCCAAGUGGAAGAAGCGCAAGAAGACCACAAAUGUCUUCCGCACGCCGGGCGCGCUGCUGCCAUCGCACGGACUGCCGCCCUUCGGCGCCAACAUCACCAACAUUGCCAUGGGCGAGGGCCUCUGCGGUACCGGCAUGUUCGGCGGCGAUCGCUGGGGCGUGGGCGUAAAUCCGAUGACUGCAGGUUUUGGUCAACUAAAUCAAUCUUCGCCGCUCUCAUCUACAAUAAAUAGUGGUCUUAAUUCGGGUAUUAACAUUGGUUCCGCAAUGGGUGCCGGCAGCUAUCAGCAUUAUGGACUAAACGCUUUAGGUGAUUCGAUGAUGUAUCAGCACACGGUUGGUGGCGUUAGCUGCGGCGCCAGCGGCUCGCCCACCACGACCACGCCUCCGAACAUCAAUUCGUGCUCAUCGGUCACACCGCCACUGUCGAAUCAGCCGAACGCGGGGCCAAACGACAUGAAUGGCGACCAAAUGGGUGGUCCACCACAUCAUCAGCAACAACCAACAACGCCGCAACAGCAACAACAGCAGCAGCAGCAACAGCAACAAGCCCACCAACAAAAUCACCACCAUCAACAACCACCACCACAACAACAACAGCAGCAGCAGCAACAACAACCCCAGCCACAACAUCAAGAACAUACGGCAAAUAAUGGUGGCUCACACAUGGUGCCACAUUGCCACCAAUCCAUGCAAUCGCCAUCAGAUGGCGGCAAUGUCGGCGAAGAAGAUGUCUGGCGAGGACACAGUAUAGCCGCCUUGCGGCGUCGCGCUUCCGAACUAAAUGCCACAUCGGCGAUUCCAUCGUAUUUGCAUCACGCGGCCGCCGCCCACAACAAUUACGAACAUCACAAUUCGGUCUACUGAAAUUUGUUGAAGAGCUUUGAAAGCUUUUCGGAUUACGGCUUCCCCAGUUGUGGGAAUCAUGAGUUCUAGCAUGUGACCAAAGCGGAUGCUGAUGGCAAUGGUGGCAUGGCGCAAAGGUGGUGAUAUUAAAAAACAACACGGUUGAGGAUGGCGCUUGCGUGUAAGAAUAGAAGAAAGGUGAAACGCACAGCAGUUUGGCAGCCACUGGGCGCGCAACAGAGUACAGUGGCUGUAAGGACUGUGGUGAAGUUAUAUUUUUUGUUGAAAAGUUUACACAGAGCCUAGCAAAGAACCGAACGAAGUAUACGUAAAAAGUGAACUGCAAGCAUAAUGCAAAUUUAAAAUUAAGAUUUAAAAACAAAAAAACUUGUAUGCACUGCAUUAUGACUUAAAUUGUUUGUAUGUAAGUACUAGAUUAGAAUAUAUACACAGAUACGAAAAUAUAUUGAAAUUGUGAAAAGACGGAAGCAGCAGAGGUAUUGACCAAAACUUAACUGAAACAGUGAAAUUUUUAUUUUGUUGUUUUGUAUUUCAAAGAGACAAGCUUUUUUUAACUGCGAAAGUCAGUAAUUUUUCGCACACACUGUAUACCUUUGAAAGUCUUUUUAUUGAACUGUAAAAAUUAUGUUGCUUAAAAACAUUUAAUUCCUGUAAUAGCUGAAAAUUUUCUACAUACAAUGCCAGUAUCAUAUAUACAGUGACGCAAGAGUUUAAUCGCUAAAAUUUUUAUUCCAACAUUUAAAAUUAAAAAUAAAACUUUUCAAAGCUAAAAAGUUAGAUAGGAAAAUAAGCAAAUAUAUUUUACGAAAUCCUUUUUCAAUUCGACGCUACGCCCGUGUAAACUUCUGAGUCACUGUAUCAGCGGUCAGUUUCGAUUAUUGAAACUAAAAAUUUGUUGCAAAUAAUAUUAAAAAAUAAAGUGUACAUAAAAAUUUGGGUUUUCUUUAAAAGUGUCAUACUGUACUUAAGCAUAUACUUAACGAAUUAAAAAACGCAAUUAAAGACUAUAAAAUGUAAAAGAACAAAUGUAUACGAAAUGAAGAGCAGUGAACGAGUAAUUAUAAAUUAUCAAAUUAAAGUUAAACUUAGUGACUAUAUUUACAUAUAUCUAUAUACAUGUUCCCAAGUAAGUUAUUACAUAAUUAGGUGCUAAGUAAAUGUUAAUUAAAUUCAAAUAUAAAUAAAAAAUCACAACAAAAAGCCGAGCAAAACAAAAAAUGCUUCUGAAAAGAGACAAGCAUAUACAUAUGUAUACUAAACACAAAGCUACACGACUAUACACGAAGUAUACGAAGAGAAUGUUAUUAAAUGUCAACAUAAUAUGAGCUUCUGAAAUUUUUUUUGAGAAAUUUUGAAAAAAUAACAGUAAACUGGAAAUAACAAAAUCGACUUUUUAUGGCUAUUGGAUCAAAGUCGUUCUUUCGACAGGUGAAGUUCUAAGAAAGUAAUUUCUCCUUUAUUAUUCGAAGUUAGUCUCCAAAUUCGAAAAAAUUCGAUGUUGAGCUUAUUGAGAAAGUAUUAUUAAAUAUCUAUAGUUAGUAACCGUAAACAAGAAAAAAUAUGGGCAUUAUUUACGCCUCUUAUCAUUUCAAUGCUGUAUAAUAUUGUUCGGUCAGGAUUAUAUGACUGAUAUUAUAGGUUUUCAAGUCCAUUCAGUAUUUGAUUAUAUUAUGUAAUUUGAUUACAUAUAUUAACUGCGCUAUAUAGGAAAAUUUAAUUUUUAAUUUUUUACAAACAUUCGACUUUGAUCACACACAUACAUAGAUACAUUAACUGUAUUAUAAGUUUGAGCGACAAAUGAUUUACACAAAUUAAAUGAGAGGAUAAAGUGCAUUCUGCUCAGAUUUUUACAUUUUUGGUCACUAUAUAUAAUAAUACUUCUUAGAAUAAGCAAGUCGAAAUUUCGAAUUUCGAAGAAAAGUAAUUCGAAUUGGAUAGCUUCGAAAAACGAAAAGAAUAAUUUUUUCCUUAGUAACUGUAACUAAUAAACUUUUUUCUAAUAAGUCACAUUUCUAAUUUCGAACAAAAUAUAUAUUUUGAAUCAAGCUAACUUCGAAAAACGACAGAAAAUUACUUUUUAUCCUUUCUGAGUAACUAUAACUAAUAAACUUUUUCCCAAAAAAUUAAAUUUCGAAUUUCGAAAAAAAUACAUAUUUCGAAUUUCGCUAACUUUGAAAAACGAAAGAAAAAUAUUUUUUUAUAAUUUUUAGUACUUAUAACCAACAAACUUUUUCCAAUAAGUUAGACUUCGAAUUAAAAAAAAAUGUUCAAAUUCCGAAAAAAAUAUCGAACUUCAAAAAACGUAAAAAUACUUAACUGCAGCUGUUGGAAAUAUUGUUAGGGUCCAAUAGCCCGCCGAGUAUUUUACAGCGCAAUGUAUCCUAUAAUUUUGUCAGAAUUUUGGUGUCAUUCGGCCUUGGAAAAAUUACAGUUAUUUGCUUGUGAAUGUACAAUAACUAAUUUUAUCCAAACUCUGCUUCCUUUUGUGCAAUAACAUUUUAAAUUAAUUUAAUUAAACCUUUCUGUCCUCCACACACUUUGUAAGGAUAAAUAUGCAAGAAAAAUUAACGACAACAAAUAAGUUGAUGUUGCCUAGACAAAGCAGCCAAUAUUCGAUAUUUCACACACGAACACACAUUCUUACAAAUGUUUGUCUUUGUGAACAUUUUAAAUUGAUGGAUCUACUAUUUGCCUAUAAAUAUAAAAGCUUCGACUUAGAUGUAAAUAAAUGCUGCACAGUGGGACGAGAGUGUGCUUUCGGCGAGCGUAAGAAAGUUGGGAUGUGUGUGUUGAUUAAGUGAUCGGAAAAUUGUUUAUAUUUGUUUUAUGUUGAGAUAUUUGAUUGAUUAAACUAAAGAAAUUAGAAGGCAACAUAAAAUGAAUAUUUUUCGUAGAAAGAAAGUGUAGAAUGUUAGAAAUUUUUUUGCGGCAGAUCAGAAUUUUCACUGCUUUCGAUAUCUGUAAACAACAGUAUUGCCAAAAAUUUAAAUUUUUAGUUUUUACAACAAAAAUGGUUAUUACAUAAUUAUUUUAGUAUAAAGCAUUUCCUUGAUGCUUUUCGAAAUUGAGUAUUUUAUCUUUUUUAUAUCGAAAAUUUGUCUCAGAUUUUUAUAUUUUGAUUAAUUAGUUUGUGUUUUUCAUUUCUUCUUCUCCUAUCCACCCACAUGACAAGUUAUUCCAUUACGACACCUAAAAUUCUAACGACCGCAGAUGUACACUUUCCCACUGUGCUUCAGUUCUCUUAAAGAAUAAGAGCAAAAAAAAGUUAAAGCAAAACCGCAUUAAGAGAUACAUACAUACAUGUGCUAAUCGGAGGGAGAUAAUAUUGUAAUAGGCUUUAAUGCAUACGUAUACUUUAAUAUUUAAGAUAGCUACGGAUAAAUGUAAACUCUAUACAAUAACUAAAUAUUGCAUUGCUGCUUAAAUUAGAACAAAAACAAAAAACCAUAAACAAUUAUUAAAUUAAAUGAAUGAAAAAUAAUAGCAUAUGUAUAACAGUAAUGUGUGAGGAGAAUUAAGAAUAUGUACUUGUAAAUAAAUAAAUGCGUACUUAUGGAU